CGUUACGUUACACAUGUACACACAUAUAGUUAAGAUACAUGUUCCUAACCUAAAUAAAAGAGUUACAUUAUUAAAAGCAACACAUAAUUUAAAAUAGUUUUUAAAUACAAUUUUAAAAUGAAUAAAAACCAGUCAGGUUGUUUCUUAAACAUAAAAUGUGGUUAUUGCGGCUCAAUACUAACCGUCGACACACAAGAACAAAUUUUGUGUCACAAUUGUUUUCAAAAGUAUGAUGAAGAGAGACAUGCUAUAUCUAUAAACGAAGACUUUGUUGCAAUUAUUGUUGAAGCCAGCAAUGAAAUAGUAUCAGAGGACACUAGCAAUGAACAGUACUCAACAGAUCACCGUGAUGAGAUGCUAAUUAACAUUGUACAAACAAAACCAGCAUUAUGGAAUUUCCAAAUUCCACUUAGGGAACGGACAAAGGCGAAAAAGAAAGCGCUGUGGAAGGAGGUUGAAAAUAUGUUAGGAGGGCUCUUGACUAUGGAUGAUGCAAUGAAAAGGUGGAAAUAUCUAAGAGACUGUUAUGUGCGUUACAAACGGCAAAUAAACACGUAUGUUCCAAGUGGAUCUGCUGCACAACCGAGUAAAAAACAGAAAGUAUUCCGCUUUUAUGAAGUCAUGCAGUUUAUCGAUGAUCCAUUGGAAAGUGCACGAACUGUCAGUAAUUUAUCCGAUUGCGAUGAAGCUGCUAAUAGCGUACAAGAACAGGACGAACUUUCCUUAUCUUCAACUUCAACAACAAACAGUACAUGUGAAAGCAGAUCAUUACCUUCAACUUCAACAGAAAAGAGCAUAUAUGAAAGUAAACAAUUGUCACGAGCUGCACGACGGUCACACAGUUCUACACCCAAUAUAACAUCGAAUGCAUCUAGUGAGUCUUUUAUGUCGGAACUACGGGACAAUCUUAAAAAUGUUCUGAAUACUCCAGUUUUACAAAAAGAUGCCGUUGAUUAUUUUGUAGCUUGUUUAUCAGACGGGAUGCGAAAGCUAUCAGAUAAAAAAUAUCGUUCAUUACAAAUAGCAAUACUGCAGCUUCUUGCAGAGGCAGAGAAAGAGGAAGCCAAAGAAAAUAGUGUUUAGUUUUAUUUAUGCUAUAUUUCAUAAUUUACAUUA